AUGGCUUCUCCUACCCGGAUUGCGUCCGACCAGAUCGACACCGUCUUCGCCCGUACCACCAACCUCGCUUCGUCCGCCCUCAACACCGUCGUGCUCGCCUGCUCCAAUGAAUACUUCGCCGCGGCCUCGAACCUGCUCACGCCCACCCCGCCCAUCCACCGGCCGGGGGUGUUCGUGCACACAGGCGCCUGGUACGACGGGUGGGAGACGCGGCGGCACAACCCUGAACCAUACGACUGGGUCGUGAUCAAGCUGGGCGUUGCGAGCGGCGCCAUCGAGGGCGUCGAGGUCGACACGGCCUACUUUGUCGGGAACUACGGCGAGAAGGCGGCGCUGGAGGCUACGUACGCCCCGGAUGUCAGCGACGAGGAGAUCGCCAAACCUGACUAUAAAGGAUGGACGACCAUCCUGCCUCCUCAGCCCUGCGGCCCCUCGCAGCGUCAGGCCUGGAAGCUGACCAACUAUGACCCGGCCAACCCUACCCCCUACACGCAUGUCCGUCUCCUGAUGUACCCCGACGGAGGGUUCGCCCGGUUGCGACUCUACGGCCAUGCGAUCCCCCCACCGCUGCCUGCCGCGGCAGCAGCUGACCCGACAGCACGGCCGGUGGAAGAGCUCUCGUCCGCGCUGCUCGGAGGACUGGCGCUCGCGGCGUCAGAUCAGCACUACACGCCGUGCUCAAACCUGCUGCUUCCAGGCCGGGGCAAGGACAUGGGCGACGGGUGGGAGACAGCACGCUCGCGGGCGCCAGGACACGUCGACUGGGCGAUCAUCCGCCUGGGACUGCCGGGCUCAGUGAGCAAGGUGGUGGUCGACACGAAAGACUUCCGGGGUAACUUCCCGCGCGCGAUCCGGGUGCAUGGACUCGUCCGGAGCGACGCGGACGCACUUAACGGACAGGAACCCGGCCACGACCACCCCGGAUGGGUGGAGCUGGUAAAGGGGGAGAAACCCACGCAGGCCGACACGGAGCAUGUCUUCGAGGGCGCCGAUCUGGCGGCCGGUGGCGAGGACACUCGUGUCUUCACGCACGUCAAGCUGACCCUCGUGCCGGACGGAGGAGUCAAGCGGUUGCGCAUUUUUGGGCGGAGGGCAGUUUGA